UAUCGUUGAUAGCCGUUUCCUUCAUGGGCUUUGGGCAACUACAGAUGGGAAAUUGCUCAUGAGUGUUGUACUAUGAAGUUAUUGCACGACUUUGAAGGUCCUCCGGCGCAUUUGUUUACAAGGCCGUGAAACUUGGGAAGAAAUCGUAGAUAGUUUUUGCUACACUAGUUUUCAGUAUAUCUGUAUAUUAGUUGUUGACAGCCCACCUUUAGCACCAGACAAGCUUAUUCCCAUACUCAACCAUGACGGAGCCGACUGUUCCGGAGGAAUUCGAGGAAAUGGAUGAGGUAGACGAAGUGGCAAAAGCGUACAUUUUGAGCCAACGUGCCUGCGAGGCGGACCGGCUGAGGUCUGCGGGGGUGAAGCCAUUGGAAUUGCCGGUAAAGAACUACGGCAUCGUGAGGCACGACGACCAUCAACCACCAAUGAUCAUAAACCGUAUAGAGAUCGACACCGGUUUUGAUUUGAACAGGAUUAGGCAGAUCCUGGUAUCCGAACCGGUAAAGUAUUCUCAUCGCUCCGGAUUUCAUUAUGUCAAUUUACUUCUUAUCACGGAGAAUCCAAUGAUACCAAUUCUCUUACCUUAUCUUUACACCGAGGCGGUCAAGGCGACUGAUGCAAAACAAAUCAAAAACGAUCUUCGUGAGUGGGUUUUCAUAAACUCAAAGGGACUGCGGGCGAGGCACUCCGUACAAGAAUAUCAUUGCAUAUAAGCCGAAUAAUCUAAUAAUCGGUAGCAAGGGUGCCGCCUGUCUGCGGCAUGUUUGGCCAGUUACAAGCCC